GUGACGCCGUCAAUCAGAUAAAUUUUAAUCUGGUCAAUAGGUUAUAAAAUGUGUUUUCUACCAAUUUCCUUUAUUUAAUAAAUCAUUUAAAUUAAAUUAAGAUUAUUAUUAAAUUAAACAUUUUUAGUCGACAAUAAUAGUAGCCAUGUUGUAUGAUGAUUUCAAACCUAUCGUUGAUCUUGUACUAAACAACUGGACGGCUUUACAACUUGCUGUGGAACAUGGAAUGGGUGCUCCUGGCGGAGAAAAGACAGCACAGUUGAUGGCAGUGUACAUAGCUCGAUACUGUGUGGAGAAUAUUGUAGACAGAGAUGAUCUCUCUGAACUCAUUGAGGAUUUGAUGGACGAGGAGUUUGACACUGUAUGCCAUGAUAAUUCACCUAAAGAAAUAGCCUCACUGUUGUUAUUGUUCCUUGGAAUGUUGAAGAAUGGCCAGCAUGAUGAGGUGAGAGCUCAAAUUGACGCUCUGCCGAAGUGCCAGAAAUGGCUAAGCCAACCAAUUCAUGACUCUGUUCCGCCACAGUGUCAUGGAAACCCAGAUGAUGACACUACGAGCAGUAGCAGUGAAGAGGAUGACUCUGAAAAUGAACAGAAUGACGAUGAAGCUUCAUCAUCAAACAUUAACCAUGGUCAGGAACCAAUGGAUGAAGAUGUACAAGUUGAGCCAGGCUGGACCGUAGUACGGACAAGAAGGAGGAAAUAGGGAUUGUUUAUUUUUAAUUGUUGUAUUUUGUAACUAUUAUUAUUUUAUUUAUAUGUUGCAUCAUCUGUUAACUGUCCACUGCUAAACAUAGCCUCCCCAUAAGGGAGGUUUUGCCAGCAGUUGACAUUUAUAUGAAUCAUGAAAAUACCCGACCAAUAAGUUAACCCAACAAUGGGGAGUCAACUAACUUGACGUCGUAAGAAUAAAUGGAUUGGGUAGAUACGACUCUCGUGUAUUUUACUUGAAUAUACAAAUAAACAUCUAAUGUACAGGACUUCCAAGGUAUGAGUUUUUCAUUAAAAAAAUUGAAGUUUGUGUGUACGUAGUCAUAUAUACUAUUGUCUGUGGAAUUUCUGAGUCGAUUGGUAUUUGUAUUUUUUUUAGUGAAGUUGAAUCCAAGAUGGUCUCGUGUAGUGUUGUUAGAAUUGAUGUUGGUUGUUAUGUUUAAAUAAUAUGUGUAUGAAUACAAGUCUAUGAAUAUAUACAAAUAUAUAAUAUAUAUAUAUAUAUAUAUAUAUAUAUAUAUAUAUAUAUAUAUGGUGAAUAUUGUUUCUGGUGUGUAGUAGGUGAAUGUCUAUGUAAUCAUGUGUUACUAUUAUGGAUAUCUAAAUAGAGGAGAUGGAUAAUGUUGAGCAUUUUGUAUGGGAACCGGAUAUCACCGCUCACUUGUCAUAUGACAGAUGUCAACUUGACACAAUCCUUCAAUCUAAGAAUUACCAUUGUAAUUAAUCUACCACUCGGUAUGUAUAACAGUUUUUAUCGUCGGCGCAAUUGCAAUGACUACAAAAUGCUUAUUAAUAGGGCUCAUUAUAUUUUCAAAAUCUAUAUUUUUUUUAUUAAUAUUUAGAAAUUUAGAUAGGCCUAAGACUAAGUUCGGAUAUUUUUUAAUAUCGAAACAAUCUGACUCGAACUUAUUAUAUCGAUAUUCGAUAAAUUUAUCAAACACUAUUACGUCAAUCACUAAGCUCGGUAAUAAAACAAUAUUGAAUUUAAAUAUGGAAUUAUUUUAAAAUUCAUUUAAAAAUAGAAACUAGAAUAAGAUUGUGAAAUUAUCGGUGGAAUGUAAUUCCUUGUGUUAAGUUUAGAGGCUCUCUAUAAAUAAGGAAACAUUUACCUACCGACAUCAAAAAGGAGGUUCUCAAUUCAGUCGUUUUUUUUAUGGUUGUUGCCUCAUAACUUCAUCAGUUCUAAAUCGAUUUGGAAAAUUAUUUUUGUUUCUCUUAAAAAUAUUAUUACAAAUUGGUCCUAUAGAAAUUUUAUCAAAAGUGGUUACUAAACUACUGAGUUUAUUAUUAAAAUAACUAGUUUUGUCAUAAAUAAAGUAAAUUUUUUUUGUAUGACACGAUCUAUAAUUACGUAUUGUAAUAAUUUAAGAAUUGCGGAGCAUCUCAGACAACCUUUGCGGAAAGUAGAUGGAAUGUGUAUGAGGGAACAUCGGUCUAUUCGCUCUUAUAAAAAUAUUAUUCGUUAUCAUCUAUCUGUAUAUGUCUAUAGUUACAAUAGACAAUAUUAACUUGUAAGAAAUCUCAAAGAGUUUAUCAGAUUAUUUAUUGUAUGUAUUUAGUAAGAAAUGAGACAAAUAUUUAUUCUUCUUUAUCUAUCUGCUAAUUGAUCAGCCUUUUUGAACAAAUGGCAAACAAAUGUAUGGAUAUGUUUACGCUACCUGAGAUAUAAUGAAACAGCAAUCUCAGCGUCUUUUUUCCAUAUAUGAGGUGGCGAAAACGUAUCUACUGGUUCAUAUCCCAUUUGUUUUGGAGUGUAAGUUAAGUAGACAAAGUAAAAUUAUCAUGUGAACAUAUAUGGAAAAUAUAAUAUGUAUGAAAUUGAUUCAAUAGUGGCAUGGUCUCCUAGUCAAUUGACAUAAUGUGUACUCAUAGAUAGAGGCAAUGUGGAUCCCCAUGGUUACGACCUUGCAGUCUGAGGGACCUCGUUCCUUCAAGCUUUUUUUUUUUCACUUUUUUAAUUGUUUUACGUAACCAAAAAGCUUUAUUCCACCAUUACCCAUAGAAACCUAAUCCGAAUCUAAAAUCCUCUAGGUUUUAGUCUACGUGUGUGUAUGUGUAGGUUACAUUUCGUGAAAAACAUGUGUUGGAUUAGAAAAAGAAAAUUGAAAUUAAUGUUGUUGUCAUUAAGGUUCUAUUUUAGUAGUUAAAAAAUGUAUUAACAUUUAAAAAUGGACCUCUUAAAAUAAACUACAUUUAUAUUCCCAAGGAAUUCCUUCCUGAAAUUUUUGAAUUUUUUAUCCAAUGUUCCAUUCAAAGAUAAUAUUCUAUUUUUUAUUACAAUACUAGGUAUUUUCCUAGUGUUUCUCGUGGUACUAUUACCCACUUAUCUACAGCUGUUUUAAGUAAAGAAAUAACUCUUAGUUCUAUGUAUGGAUGUUUACAAGAAAUAAAAAACAAUAUAAAUGUAUAAGAUCA